AGCGAACUAAGUUACAUUUUGACUUUUUUGAUACCGAUGUGUAGAAGAGGUACUAUUUCGAUUGUUACCGUUUCAAUAACUUUAACUUGAACGUGAGCUGCGUGUCUCCUUUCUCCCCACUAAAAACUCAUUUUCUACUUAUUCCCGUAGCGACAUUUUGAAAACAAAAACAUCAUGGAAGACCCCAACCGCAAGAAUUUCCUGGAGAAGAAGAUCGACAAUGAUCUGGCACCGGGUGGUCGCUCGCACGGGAAAACCGUGACCACGCGGUUCCCCCCGGAACCGAACGGGUAUCUGCACAUCGGGCACGCGAAGUCCAUUCUGCUGAACUUCGGCUUGGCGAAAAAGUACGAUGGGCAGUGCAACAUGCGGUUUGACGACACAAACCCGGUGACUGAGGAAACGGAGUACGUGGAAAGCAUACUACAGGACGUAUUUUUUCACAUAUCUUCAAAUAGUAGUUUUUGGUGCUGUCUUUUUCUUUCAGUUUCUGAUAUUCUGAAGCGAAGUUGCUGCAAAAAUGUUCUUCUUUCGCACUAUGCAUAAAAUCGAGCUCUACUCAACAUCAAACGCAAACCGCUACCGCUGUCCCCAUGAACAGGUCGAGUGGGUCUGCGAGGCACUGGAGCUUCCCUGGGUGAAGCACGGCGAGAAGCCAUGGCGAGACAAUUUGUUCUACGCGUCGGACUACUUUGACUUGAUGUUUCAGUACGCCAAAGAGCUUAUCGAAGUCGGCAAGGCCUACGUGGACUCCCAGACGCCCGAGGAGGUAAAAACCAGCCGCGAAAACGGGACCAACAGCCCCUUCCGAGAAAGGUCCGUGGCGGAAAACAUGAAGCUCUUCGAAGAAAUGCAGGAGGGAAAGCAUCCAGAAGGUAUAGGUUUCUUAAGCGUGCGCUCCUACAUGAUGGAAAGAUCCAUGAAACAUGACACGAAGAGAACGAGAAGUCGAUUGCAGCACGCCGACCUAAAUACCAUAUGUUGCAACAUGAAAUUGAAAAAUCUCUCAAACCGCAUCUAUCAACCAGGCACCCUGCUCCUCCGCGCGAAGAUUGAUAUGCAGUCGCCGAAUUUUAACCUUCGCGACCCGCCAAUCUACCGGAUUCGGUUUGCGGACCACCACCGCACGGGGUCGAAGUGGAAAGUCUACCCAAUUUACGACUUCGCCCACGGCCAGGAGGACGCGAUCGAGCACAUCACGCACAGUAUCUGCACGCUGGAGUUCGAGAACCACAACAUUCUCUACCGCUGGUUCAUCGAAAACAUCCCCUCCAUCCCGUCCCGACCGGAGCAGACGGAAUUUGCUAGGUUGAAUUUGGUUGGUGCGGUCACCUCGAAGCGGAAAUUGCUUCGCUUGGUAAACGAAAAGCGAGUCAUGGGCUGGGACGACCCGCGAUUGAUGACCAUCUGCGGGCUCAGAAGAAGAGGAGUCAGGCCGCAAGGUAUGUGGAGAUGAUGAAGUUCCCCGGAUUUUUCAACGCUACUCUCGUUUAGCACUUGCUAGGAACCUGUCUUGGGUCCUUGUUAUUUUCCAAAUAAGACGCCGACCUUACAGAAUUUGUUUUUUGAUACAAAGCAUCACAUUUUUCUGAUUUCCCCGCCCAGGUAUCAAGCGUUUCUGCGACACGGUGGGCGUGACAAACACGGACAGCAUGCAGAAUAUGGGUCUCUUAGAGGAGAGCAUCCGGUUAGAUUUAGACCCGAUCUCCAGCCGCAGAAUGGUGGUGCUAGACCCGUUGGAGGUGGAAGUCAAAACGUAUUCCACUACGGAAACCAUCCCGGACUGCGCCAGCCACCCGAGCGAUAAAUCCUUCGGCGCGCGGGCUUUGUCUUUCUCGAGCAAAAUCUUCAUUGACCGAGAAGACUUCCAGGAAAACGCACCCGCGGACUUCUACCGCUUCUCGAAAGUCGGGGGCGAGGUAUUGGAUUUGAAACAUGAUCUGUUUUUUCACAUCAUACUUGUAAAGUACAACAUGCAACAUAUUAUGACAUUGUUAAGGGUAAGAGAGGGAAUCAGACUUAGUGAACGGAAUCAGACUAAUGGAAUCAGGCUACAAGUGGAAGCAGUAUAGUAGAAUCAGAAUAAUGAGUAGAAUCAAGAUACUAGAAUCAAGCUUGUGGAUAGAAUCAGGAGCAGCGGACUCUGAGUACGUCGACGAAUGUGGUGGCCGCGCGCUCUCUAUCGUAUGCGUCCGAAAUACUCUCUCCCUGCAGGCAUCGCUUUGGUCCAUCAUGUUUUGCAGCUCCAACUGGUCGCGUUGGUCUCCUUGCAACUUCGCCCGCAGUUCUUGCAUGCUGUGCGUUGCGUUUCUACUUGGGGACCUGGCUUGCAUGUUGGGUAUGUGUGUCUGCGUAGCUGCUUCCGUUCACUCCUCAGCGUCCACAUUAAGACACGCGCCAGCAAUUUGCUGUUGGCGAUCCCGGUUGACAAAGUGACAUCUGAAGUAGUCAAAAAAAUAAAAAGCUCAACGCUUAGAAAGAUAAAAGCCGACUAUAGAAAAGAGACGCUAGAACUGCGCCCAUCUACUGCUCUCUGCCUCGUGCUACUUCUCUGCGCUCCUUCUUCGCGGCGGUGCUUCUAGGUUGCAACAGAAAAGCGCGCAAAAGCGCGAUGCUUUGUGGGGGCGAAAUUGCCGGACUUCAACGAAAAAAGGCUUUUUUUUGCGAUUUUUGUUGAAAAAUAGGGGGGGAACUCUCGCAAAUUUCCAAAAAUCGGCUUCGUUUUUCGUGUUUUUACUUGGGGAAAUCCGGCCGAGACAGGCCGAGGGCGAUGGUAAGCGCCUCCUCGGUCUGUACUGCGCAGAAGCGCGGCGCUAUAUAUGUUCCGCGGCCGCCGCAGUCGAUGCUUGCCAUCCCGCCCUGCCUAUCCUGGUCUGUCCCCCCGCGCUCCGCCCCGGCUACGAUUUGGAGCUGCGCCCAAGGCCUUGCGCACCGACUGACAGACCAGGCGGCCCCCCCCGCCCGUUCGGUGGGCCGCCUAGAAAGUUGCGCCCGCAGGUACAUCGCCGCACGGCCCGGGGCCGUCGGUGCUUCGAUUUUUGGGUGGGGCGACUCCACUCGCGUUUCAAGUGGUCGGGGCCGCAGUGGCGCAGAUGCUUGCAUGCAUGUGAGUGUCGGCUGGGACUGCCCUGCGCCCGCCCCCAGGCGCCGCCUCCCGACCUAGGGGCAGCCAGCUUCCCGAGGGCGCAGCCAUCUGUAUGUCGCAGCAGGGCGGGUCCCGUAGGCUAGCGACCUGGCGCUGCCAAUGCCUAGGGGCGAGGCCUGCCGGCGGCGAGGCUGUCUUCCCGGUCUCUGUCCGCCUGUGAGCAGCGCCUCCCGGCACGGGCGGUGGCGCCUCGCACUGCCUGGAUUCUUUGAUUAUGGGAGGCACCUCCCACCCUCCCCUUUCUCAUACUCGCGCAGGGGAGUAUGAAAGGUGUCGAGGUGUGUGCUCGUGUGGGGGGGGGGGAACGAAGACUCGCCCCAGCGAAUGGUGGGCGCGGGGCUUGUCGGGCGAGUGUUUGGCAUGUGCAGGCAUGUUGGCCGUUUUUCCGUGGCUCCCUCUGCGUUUUCCCAGCAGCCGACCGUGCGCGGGCGCAAGCAAAGCACGGACUGGAUAGCGCAGCACUAGCCUGAUUCCACUAGUCUGAUUCCACUGGCAAAGCUGAUCCCAUUAUGCCGAUUCGAUACCUUAGCCGGAUUCCAUUGGCCUGAUUCCAUAAAUAAGUCUGAUUCCGUAAAUCCUUUAGUCUGAUACCAUCGACGACCUUUGUUAAGCGUGAGCUGAACAACCUCGAAAACUUCCAUUAAAUUCCCACCUUAUCAGGUCAAACUCCGUUUUUCCUACGUCAUUAAGCUGGAGGACAUAAUCCGGGAUCCCAAAACCAACAAAGUGACAAAGCUCGUCUGUUCGCACGACCCGGCCACACGGGACAGCAUGCCGACGGAUCGGAAAGUGCUAUCGAAGGAAAAAGCUGUGUUAGUGUAGGUCUCUUGGGAAAACAGCAUGAGAAGUUUGUCUGCCAUGACAGGAAAAACUUGUCAUGCGCAGAUAGGACGGGAAAAGAAACACGUAGGAAGCGAGCCUACCAUGCAUGUGGGGCAUGACAAACGUAAGGGCUUUGCAUUUUCUGCAUCACAGAGUUCUUACACUAACAACGUUUUUUUCUUGGAUAGGUGAAGGGCAUUAUCCACUGGGUCGACGGCAGCACUGCGGUGAACUGCGAGGUACGGCUGAUCAACCAGCUGUUCAACGAGUUUCCCAAGGAAGGCGACUACGACAUGAUGGACUUUUUGAACCCGGAGAGCUUGCAACGAUUCGCAAACGCGAAGGCCGAACGCGCUUUAAAAGACGAGGUGUUCGAGGCCAACAAAUUUUCCGUGAAGCGCUACCAGUUCGAAAGAAAAGGCUUCUACUGCAGCGACCGGGACAGCAGCGCGGAGAAAUUGGUGUUCAACCGGAUCGUGCAGCUCAAGGAAAGCGCGUACUUGAAUUAUAGAUUGCGGUUUCUCAUUUAUCAUUUUGAUUGCGUUCAGCAUCUCCAUCUCAAAUUGCUCCACUAGUGGGAUUUUAGCAUGAGAAGUCCAGCUGUUGUCAAACUGAAAUGUUAAUAGUACUAUGUACAACUACAAAACUAUCGCAGCGUGGUGAAGAACAUGCAGGACAGCAACCAGGGUUCCCGCAAGGAGGAGCAGGAGCGCCAAAAGGCCGAGAAGGACCGGCUCCGAAAAAUCGCACCGACGGAGCUGUUCAAGCAGGGCGAACACGAGGGGAAGUACAGCAAGUUCGACGACAAGGGCCUCCCGACCCACGACGCCGAAGACGCGGAGCUGACGAAAAGCAUGCGGAAAAAACUGCAGAAAGAGUGGGAAAAGCAGGACAAACUGCACCAAGCCUACCUGAAAGAGGUCGCCGGGGCAUAAGGAGCUUAUUUGCUGGUGUGGUACUAGCUAAGCAUCCGAUGCUGUCGCUGGUGGGAGAGCAAAUGACGCGUUGUGUCGAGACCGUAGAGUGCCGCGCAGGAAGACAAGGAGCAGCCGCACAACUCGCGGCACAACUACCAGUUACCAAGUAAAUGAAAAGAACAGCACAACUGGCACUUCGCAGUCAUCGUGCUGUGUGCGCGGCUGCACUUCGCGACAGUAGAUGAGUUGUACCCGCUCCCGCUCUCAAGACACAAAAUGACUGACGCACCCUUGCUGCGAGCAGAACUACGCAUCGACAGCAUGCUUUAUUGACCACUCAGUACUGUCUAUCAAGUAUCAACGCAAAAAUAGCAGGAAAAAAACCUGAAGCAGAUACAACUAU